AUGUUCUCCCGCAGAACCCUCCCCGCGCUGAGGACGCUGCGAGCCCAGACUCCUCUCACCACAACGUCUCUCCGCCCAUUCUCCUCCCUCCUAACCUCUCGCUCUUCUCCCCCGACCACCGCCAUCACAUCUACAUCCACAUUACUAUCACCACUUACAUCCACCCUCACAUCUGCCUUCAACCAGAGCCCGUCCCGGCAAUUCUCAGCAAGUGCCUCGCUCGCCGGAAAGCGGAUCACCUACAAUCCCUCGCGGCGAGUACAGAAGCGGCGUCAUGGGUUCCUGGCGAGACUACGCUCACGUGGGGGGAGGAAGAUUUUGAUGAGGAGGAGGCAGAGGGGGAAGAAGGCGUUGAGUUGGUAA